AAGAGAGCUGUGCCGAGAGAACUAAGCGAAUAUAACCCAAGGCAGAUUUUUAUUCUGAACUGCCAAAUAAAAAAUGGAUACAGCACCCGUGCUGUGAUCGGGUGGAUUACAAAAUUGGAAAGGACAGAAAGUCGAGAACAGAACAAGAUUUGAAGAUUAUAAUUGUUUUAUCUGUUAUUACGUUUUGUAAAUGCUGAUUCAGAUCUGGUCUGUAUUGCCAAAAUAACAUAAAUAAACGCGUGCAAGUAUCACAGCUUUAAUAGCUGGGACUCGAUAUACGUUUAUCAUUAGAGAGAGAGACAGAGAGACAGCAAGAAAAGUUUGAUACUUGUGAAAUUGUUAACUUGCAUAAAUCUGAGGGAAAAUGUGCACCCACUUCGGAAUUGUUGUAGAAAGGGGUUCUAGCGUGUAAACUAAACAACAUUAAGAAAAAAAAGGAAACAAAAACACCUAGAGACACGCUAUGGAAAAACGGUGCCUUCUUUUCUCAUUUACCACCUUUCUGGCUCUAAUCGUUUUACACUUACAGGUUUCUGUUCAAUACACACCACCAUCUGACCAUCCAGGUUUCUAUGUUUUAGCCACGGCCUCCCACUAUUGGCCCUUGGAUGCGGUGGAUGGGAUUCACGGACUUUGGGAUGAAGUUGGAAACCGAACAGACCUUGUAGAAGGAAUGGUUAACAGAGGGAUUUAUCUCAAUGGAGAUGAGGGAACCACAUUUUUACAUUUUGGGAGCUAUGAAAACAGUUGUAUUAGUGAUCCAGCACUCUGUGGACCUCAAGGCGUAACAUUCUCUUUUUUUUGGAAGAACCAGGAAAGCCAGACCCGGUUUGCCAUGGCCUCUGGAGGGAAAGUGAUUUCCAAUGGGUUCUCAAUUUACUCCAAUGGGUUUGCGGACUACGUUGAGUUUUACACUCGAGGGGACUCCCGAACAUGGAGAGCUAAAAUCACCCCGCCAGGUCCUCACUGGACUCAUAUUUUGUUCACCUGGACUGUGACCAAUGGCCUGAAAGUCUAUGUUAAUGGGACCUUCAGCACCAACGACACCCAAGGGAGGAAGUCCACGAAUUAUGGAGAUCCUUAUCACAACCUCAUCAUCGGGGUGGACAACGACCAGUCCUAUGGUCACUAUGUGACAGGAGCCUUUGAUGAGUUUGUCAUAUGGGAAAGAGCUCUGACCCCUGAAGAAAUAGAAUUGUAUUACAAAGCAGCCAUAGGAGAGCCUGUAAUUAUUCCUACAACAGCAGUUGUCCAAAACUCUACUUAUUCUCCAGUGGAUUUAAUGUUAUCCACAGAUGCAUACCAUCCCAUUAUUACAAACCUGACAGUGGAAAUACAGCACUUCCAGUACCCUGUAUCUAUGCUGGGAUACUUGGAAUCGGUGUCAAUCAGUCUGCCCAACAAAACCAUCCCCAAGGAAACUGCCUCCAACCUGACUGAGACCUUCUUGAAAAGCGUUGAAGAAGUUCUAUUAUUACCAAGUUGGUCUGAUCUUGCAGAGUCUGGCCCUAUUGUCAGCGGUCUGAUCGAAACAGUGGAUAAAGUGAUGGUGCACAUAUUGUACAAUCUGGAAACCAGUCCCAUCUCAAUUGAUGGGUCCUCAACAGUAGCAGAUUAUUCUCUUGUGAAAUUACCGCAUAGUAUGAACCUGCAUCACUACCGCUUCCCUUCGCAAGGAAGGAGCUACAUCUCAAUCCCUGGCAAAGCUUUCAACAACUCACGGACCACCAUUGUGGGACUGUUCUACCACACCAUGCAUAACUACUACAAGAAAAUCGACCCUCUCAAAACAAAGAUCAAAGAAGCUGCAAAUUAUAAAGAACACAAGAUCUCAGCCGCGAGUUACAUCAUUUCCCUAAAGGUUGAGCCGCCCCCUGCACUCUGUGUCAAUCUGUCAGGCACCCCUCUCAUCACCAUCGUCCUCACGCAUGUGCUGAGUCUUGAGCAGUAUAGCCUGGCAUCAAACAGCAGCAACGCUGUGUUUCUUUACUGCUCUUUUCUGGAUUACAGCUCUGGAUUUGGAGUCUGGUCCAAUGAAGGCUGUGUCAGAGCUGAAGGGAACCUCAACUUCUCCACGUGCCUCUGUAACCAUCUCACCAACUUCGCCAUUCUCAUGCAGGUGGUGCCCCUCGAGCUCAGCCCUGCAAACCAGGUGGCGCUGUCUACAAUCACCUACAUCGGCUGCUCCAUCUCCAUCUUCUGCCUGGCCAUCACCAUUGUCACCUUUGCCAUUCUCUCGUCUGUGAGUACAAUUCGUAACCAGCGCUACCACAUUCACGCCAACCUGUCUUUCGCCAUCUUAGUGGCUCAGAUCCUGCUGCUGAUCAGCUUUAGAUUUGACUCAGGAACGCUUCCCUGCAAAAUCAUGGCCAUCCUCCUUCACUUUUUCUUCUUGAGUGCCUUUGCGUGGAUGCUGGUGGAAGGUCUUCAUCUGUACAGCAUGGUGAUCAAAGUGUUUGGGUCUGAGGAAAGCAAACACAUCUACUACUACGGGAUAGGCUGGGGGUCUCCCUUGGUGAUCUGCGUGGUGUCUGUAACAUCAGCACUUAACAGCUAUGGAGAAGUGGGCAACUGCUGGCUUUCCCUGGAGAAUGGAGCAAUUUGGGCCUUCGUGGCACCUGCCUUGUUUGUAAUCCUGGUGAAUAUUGGUAUCCUGAUCGCUGUGACGAGAAUCAUCUCCAGAAUCAGUGCAGAUAAUUACAAGGUGCACGGAGUCUCCAGUGCAGUCAAACUGACCGCCAAAGCAGUAGCUGUCCUGUUGCCCAUUUUGGGAAUCUCCUGGAUAUUUGGGGUCCUGGCAGUCAAUGAACGCUCCCUCCUGUUCCAGUAUAUGUUUGCCACAUUCAAUUCCCUGCAGGGUUUCUUCAUUUUUCUCUUCCACUGCCUCCUCAACUCAGAGGUCAGAGCAGCUUUCAAACAUAAAACAAAGGUAUGGUCUCUGACCAGCAGUUCCAUCCGAAACAUCAAUGUGAAACCUUUCAACUCAGACAUCAUGAAUGGAAACAGACCAGAUGGGAGCCCAACCAAAAUUAACACAUGGGAUAAGAGCACAAACUCAGCUAAUCGCAUUGCUUUAUCUGCAGUGUAACACUGUGCUGCGACAUCUCAAUGGCACGGAAAAAAAAGGAUAAUAUACAUGCACCGGAAAAUAUUUUCAAAGAGUUUUCCAUAUCACCUGGAAACCAUGUGAACUGUCUUGCAGGACCAGUGAUGAGUUUGCCCUCUAAAACCUUUGGAGUUGCUUUCUCCGGGCUGCUAUUAAGAAGUUUCUGGUUUAAGGGAGACGUUUGACCUUCAGCAAAGCAUUUUUCUUUCAUAAAUGAAAGAUAAGCCAAACGGACGAUGCCAGUCAAAAAAAAUAAAUACGUGGGUCUUAAAGGUUUAAACAUCAGAAAUGAAGGUCCUAAUAACAGUUGUAUUUAUUGUAACAUGUUAAUCGCACAGCUGCAGCUUUUCCACUUCGAAUUUCUAAGUAAAGGUCUGCAUGUAUCUGUGCUUUGCUUUCUAGAAAUCUUUCCUUAAAUCAGUAUAACACAGCCGAGAGACUGCUCCCAGAACACGAUUUUGUCAAAGUGCGGUAUAAAGAUUAUUCAGCAUUUCAAUGAUUUAAUUGAAAUUAUUUUUGAAAGAUGCAACUGCAUUGCAUGGCGGUUAGUGUUCUGCUCAUUAGGGUCAGAGUCCAAACUGGGCUUUGUGUUUUAACCAUUAUUUUACAAGGUUACAGGGGAAAUCCUGUUACAGUCUUAUUGUCACAAUUUCCCUUUAUUUGAAGUGAUAUUAAAAAGGUUUAGCUAUAAUGUUUGCUGUGCCAUUGUUACUACCAGAGUCCAUUAACCCCCUGUAACUCCUAACAGCAGUUUGCAGGGGGCUUUUGUUUUUACAUGUCAUGAGAAAUAUGGUUUGGUCUAAACUUGUUCUUUUACUUCUUGUUUCUGUAACAUUUUCAGAGCAUUGCUGGGAAUCUCAUAUCUGGGUUUCUGGUAGUAUUAAAUAGGUGUUAUGAAAUAUGUGAUAUAUUCAGUGAGAAGAGUGACAAAUACUAUAAAUAUAAAUAUAAGAUACAUUUGAUUUCAAUACAAAGGUAUGAUAACAAAGCAUUAGUACCCGGGGCAUUUUGCCAUCAGCUGUGACAUCUUUAUAAUUAUUGUAAUUAUUAUUAUGAUUAUUACUAUUUAUGAUUUUUUAUUUGUACUUGGCACGACUCAGCCCUAAAAUAGAAUAUUACUGAAUAUGCAGCAGACUCGUUGUUCAGAUUAGUGAAUUGUACUGAUAGUUAAAAUGCCUUUUCUAGUCUUUGUUUUAUGUAUAUGUAAUCUAAAAUCAACAAUAUACCUGCUGAAAAACACAUAUUAAAAUGGUAAGUUGAUCCAGACAGAGUUAGUAUUAGCAGAGUCUACUGUAUAAUCCAGUUCAAAGGGUGCUAUAAAUCAAAACCUACUUCUACUGUAUAUUUUGUUCCACAGAUCUUCAUCAGACUUGUUUUGAGCUGUAUGUACAUUGCCACGAGUGACAGACAUGCUUGCAAAUGCUAUACAUUCUAGCUGACUGUAAGUGAAUUUAUGUUUUAUACAGUAUAAAUCAUUGUAACUAACGCUAUGAGGACACAGUCUGCUAUGCAAGGUGUAAUUCUUGAAUGAUAAAAAAAUAUAUUGUAAAAAUAAAAAUAAUCUGUAAGCUCACAAAAUGCUUUUGAUGAUGCAGUUUUCUGGUUGAAUCUGAGAUUUUUAAGUCAUGAGCACUGUCUAAUGAUUGAAUCAGCCUACCCUGCACUGUCUCUAUUAUGAGGUUAACCUUGAAUAUUGAAAGACAUGAUUGUAGUGAUGAAGACCGCUUUGUGCUUUUUGAGACACACUAAAAUGCCCAUGAACUUAUUUCCACACAUUGAGAUGAGAGCCUUGAACACAGUUUCCAAGAUAACAGUAACACAUAUGUAAGAGUAAAAUGAUACAUAAUUUUCAAGGAAAUGGAAAAUCUGUUGCGACAUUGUGAUUUGCGAAUAUAGGCCACUGCAUCAGGGGUUUCCUUUAGAUGUAUAUUUUAGCUGAAAUUACAACCUGCUGUGCCUUGGGUGUUUGUAUGAUAGGGGAUUGCAAAAUAUUACAACCUCAAAGCUGUCCAGGCAGAAUGCUACACAACA